UAGCAUUAGUGAGACAACAGCGCGGAUGGUAAUCCCCAAAAUAUUCGUCACCGAAACCCUAGAGACAGAGAGAUAUGAUAUGGAUAACCCCUAGAAGCUUUUUAAUUGAGUUCGAAUUUGGAGCGCUUUUUCUGAUAGGUACGUAAAUGGAAACCUUUUUUUCUCCAUUUAAAACUAUGGCAUUCAAUUCUGGGUUGGCAUUGAUCUGGGUGAGUUUUCGAUUUUGGGUUGGAUUUCAAUGCUAAUUUGAUUUGUGGGUUUUAGUUGGAUUGUGCAUUGGAAUUGGUCUUUUUAACUUUUUGGAAAGAAAAGUGUUUCUCGGAAGUGGGUUUUGCGUAGAAUGUGGUUUGUGUGAUUUUGGUUCAGAGAAUUCAAGCACAUUGGUAUUUCUGAUCGUACGUAAGGAUAGUUUUGUGAAUUUGAGUUCCAUUUGGUGUUGGGGUUGGUGUUUUGGGGAUUAAGCCGGAGUUAUUUCAAGGCGUAUUUCGAUUAUAGCUCUGAAGAGGAAUUAAUUGUGGUGUUUUUGGUGAUUUGGAGUAUGAUUUGGUUGGGGAGCCAUUUUUUCAAUGAUAUUUUUGCAAAAGAAUUCUGGGGACGUUGACAUGAAUUUGGAAGAAGUUUAGUUUGCUUUUGUAUAGCAUUUUUUGAAUUUUGGAUUUUGGAAGAAGAAUUUGGGUUUCCUGAAUGAGAGGCUCUUGUAGAAGAAGAAGGAAAUGAAACUUGAAGAAUUUGUGGAUUUGAAGGUACAAUGACUGGAGGGUCAUUAGGUCUACGUACAGGGAGCUAUGGAUCACUACAACAACUACAACUGAUACAGAAUGGCUUUUCACAUAAUCUGCCAACACCUGGUCUUACACGCAAGUCUUCCAAGUUGCUUCUUUCAAGUUCGAGGGAGAAGGACAGAGUUUUGCCCUUUGUAUGUAGAUUCCUGGGUCGAAAGAGGGUCACAAUGCUUCUUUUGGUUGUCCUUGCUCUUUUGGUUUUCGUAUUCAAUUCCUUCACUGUAAAUAAAGAAAGCAGUAAUGUCAUUAUCACUCAACAUAGUGAAAGUGUGAUACCUUAUCGCAAGGAUAGGUCAAGUAGUUCCAUAACUUUCGCUGGAAUGGAAGAUAAACAUGACAUCAAAAUACCUUCUACAGAGAAUACUGUGACAGGAAAUGUUAAACAUAGAAUCCUGAUUCCUUCUCCUUCCCAUCCCCUUAUUCAGCCAUCCACUGUUGUUCGUGACCAUUGUGAAAAUUUUGCAUUUCCCCCUCCUCCUCCUCCAACUGAUCGAAAACGUUAUGGACCACGUCCAUGUCCAGUAUGUUAUCUACCUGUGGAGCAGGCUAUAGCUAGUAUGCCAAGCUUCUCCUCAGAAUCAUCUGUCCUACGUAAUUUGACAUAUGUUUAUGAUGAAAAUCCGAUAAGAAUUGAAUCACAUAGAGGUUCUGAAUUUGGCGGGUUUCCAACUCUAAAGCAGAGAAAUGAUUCUUAUGAUAUAAAAGAAUCCAUGAUGGUUCACUGUGGAUUUGUGAAAGGAAGUAAACCUGGUCACCAGUCUGGAUUUGAUGUUGAUGAAGCUGACCUUAUGGAGUUGGAGAUGUUCCAUGAUAUCAUUGUUGCUUCAGCUGUCUUUGGAAACUAUGAUAUAAUACAGCAGCCAAAGAACAUUAGUGAGUUUUCGAGGAAAAAUGUUCCAUUCUACAUGUUUAUUGACGAAGAGACAGAAGCUUAUAUGACGAAUUCCAGUGUCCUGGGAAACAGUAAGAGGGUAGGAUUGUGGAGAAUUAUCGUUGUUCGUAACGUCCCCUAUAGUGAUGCAAGGCGUAAUGGAAAGAUUCCGAAGCUUCUAUUGCAUAGGCUUUUCCCCAAUGUCAGAUAUUCUUUAUGGAUUGAUGGAAAGCUUCAGCUUGUGGUGGAUCCGUAUCAAAUCCUUGAGAGGUUCUUAUGGCGUCAGAAUGCGAAUUUUGCAAUCUCAAGGCACUAUAAACGGUAUGAUGUGUUUGAAGAGGCUGAAGCUAACAAAGCUGCUGGAAAGUAUGAUAACUCCACCAUUAAUGAGCAGAUUGACUUCUAUAUUAAGGAGGGUUUACAACCUUAUUCAGAGGCUAAAUUUCCAAUAACAAGUGACGUUCCUGAAGGUUGUGUUAUCAUAAAGGAGCACAUUCCCAUCACAAAUUUGUUUACCUGCAAUUGGUUCAAUGAAGUUGAUCGCUUUACCUCCAGGGAUCAAUUAAGCUUCUCCACAGUGAGAGAUAAAAUCAUGGGAAAAGUUAAUUGGAGCAUUAAUAUGUUUUUGGAUUGUGAGAGGCGCAAUUUUGUAAUUCAGGCAUACCACCGAGAGUUACUGGAGCACAUGCCUCCUCCACGUCCGCCUAGGGCUAUUAUUCGUCUUCCGCUACCUUUGCGACAGAGUACCAAAUCUGUAAAAACCCCAACCGGGAAGAAGAUUUCUCUAAAGCGUGGAAGAGGAGAUAAGAAGCGCCAUCGUAAGGUUGGUGGUAGUAGAGACAGCAAGUCAUUCUAAUUGUUCUUCUUUCCCCUUAAUUACUUUUUGACUAUAGGAAAAUGUAAUCUCCCUCCCCCUUUGUCACAAAUUAUACAUCACGGGGUAGGAAGAUUUGGUUAGAUCUGUGCAGGAUAGGAAAUGACAGAUGAAGCUCUAAAUUUUGUUUGAGAAUUGUUGAUAUCUAUUCGAUUGUUUUUUACGAGCACUUUUAUCCA